AUGGCCGAUUCGGGUCUUCGACACCGUGGUCACCACGACCACAAUCCUGCCGAGCUUACUGAACUUCAACGCCUCGAACUCGAGCACGCUCAGCGAGAUGCCGGCGCUCUUGAAGAUCUCCAGAACUCGGAUGCCCUGGUCACCGAUCAAUCCGAGUUCACUGGACGGUAUUACUCCCGAAUGGCAACAGCAUGUUUCUCCAUCAGUAUGGGUACUACUGGUUCAUACUUCGGCUUCACCUGCCCGGCGUCUCUGCUAACCUACAUCAAUGAGGAUAUUGGGCCCAGCAACAACGCUAGCUUGGUCUCCAUCAUCUGGACUGCUGCUUGUGCCAUUGCGAUUAUUCUUUUCGGUCGAUUGUCUGAUAAGUUCGGCCGAAGAUGGUUUGUCGUUGGAGCUUCAUUCAUGGGUGUUAUCGGAGGUAUCAUUGCCUCUCGAGCUCAAAAUAUGGAUACACUCGUCGGCGCAAAUGUCUUGAUCGGUCUUUCUGGUGGUGUCCACACCUGUUAUGGUCUGACCAUGGGUGAACUCGUCCCCAACCGCUACAAGACAGCAGCCUUUUCCGCGGUCGUGGUUCUGUGUUUCGUCGGUAUCUCCUUUGCGCCAAUCAUUGGCUUCAGGCUCAUCAAGCUUGGUCCAGGAUGGAGAUUCAUCUAUUAUAUCUACAUCAUCUUCAUGGCUAUCGCGACCAUCUCGCAAUUUUUCUUCUACAAGCCGCCGUCAUUUAAGCAGCUUCACGGUGGAAAGCGAACCAUCAUGCAAGAAGUCAAGCGUAUUGACUUCGUCGGGUUGUUCCUUCUGACCGCCGGAAUCGUGCUCUUCAUCCUCGGUAUCUCGUGGGGUGGUCAACCCAUUCCAUGGAAGUCAGCACAGAUUCUCUGCCUUCUUAUCAUCGGCUUUGUGCUCUGUGUGCUGUUUGUUCUUUGGGAGAUCUACUCCAACGUGCCGAAUCCUCUCAUGCCUAUGUAUUUCUUCAAAGAUAUCAAAGGAUUUACCUGCUUGGCAAUUAUCGACGCGAUUUCCGGAGCUGGAUAUGUUGCGCCUUCCGUCAUCUGGCCUAUGCAGGUCGCUAAUAUAUACGCUGCUGGUUCCAAUCCUGUCGGCUGGGAAGAACAGGCAUGGUUGACCUCAGCCGUGACAUUCGCCAUCGUCGGAGGUAUCGUGUUCUGGGGAGCUAUUCUGCCAAUCAUCAAGCAUGUCAAGAAACAAAUGAUCUUGAUGGCAUUGAUGGUGCUCGCCUUCUCCGGAGGUCUCAUUGCCUCGAGCAGAGACAACAAAGGUCGAAAUGCGGCAUUUGCCUUCCUCUCCAUGUUUGCCGAUGGUAUGCUCGAGAUCACACCACUGUCAUUGGUGCAAAUUUCUGCCAACGAUGCCGAUCUAGGCACGGUCUUCGGAAUCAUCUGUCUCUUCAGAACUGUCAAUGGCUCGAUCUUCACUGCCAUCUACCUAGCCAUCUUCCAAAACACACUCCCUAAGGAAAUCGCCAAGUUUGUUCCCAGCGCAGUCGAGGCUGCUGGACUUCCCUCCUCUUCUCUUGAUGAACUAAUGACGGCUGUCGGCGUGGGUACCGCCGAUGCUUUGAACGCGGUUCCUGGCAUGACCGGCGGCAUCCUAAAUGCCACUCUCGAUGCUCUUGUCGAUGCCAAGACUGCUUCCUUCUCCUACAUGUACUAUGCCACCAUCCCAGUCAACGUUAUCAUGUUGGGUGCAGUUCUUUUGAUGAAGGACUACGACAAGCUUCUUACUACUCACGUCCCUCGACAAGUCUAUGCCAAUGGUGAAGGUGUUGAGCACCACGAGAAGUUCGGCGAUGUUGAGGGAAGCCCCGCAAACCCAAGCUCCGAGAAGGGACAGAACCUUGAGAUUGAAGCUGCUACCGCUGGCAGUAACUCCGGCCGCGAAGAUGUCCGCUAA